UCCGUGCAUGCAGCCAUGCUAGCAGAUGCUCAGGUGUUUGAUGCUGGAGAGUUUUUCGGAAUAAUGCAAGUAGAAGAGGUGGAGGAGGGGGCGGAAGAGGACAAUGAAGAAAUUGAAGAUGAAUUGAAAAAGAAACCCAAUCCUGGAAAUGAACUCUGUUACAAGGUUAUUGUAACAAAUGAGACUGGAUUACAAGCCGCAGAUCCCAACGGCAUUUUCCUUAUCGAUCAUGCCUGGACGUACCGUGUUGAACAUGCACGCCAGCAGCUGUUGAAUGUUCCCGGUCUGCUACAUAGGAUGGCAAACCUCAUGGGAAUAGACUUUCAUGGAGAAGUUGCAGAUGAGGGAGCUAUUGAGCAGGUGUUGCAAGAAAUGUGGAAAUACAAUCAGACCUACCAGCUGUCUCAAGGGACUGCAGAGGAGAAGGUUCCUGUCUGGUAUAUUAUGGAUGAAUUUGGAUCUCGAAUUCAGCAUUCAGAUGAACCUACCUUUGCAACAGCACCUUUAUUUUAUAUACCUCAGCAAAUUGCUUACACUGUGCUCUGGCCUUUAAGGGACCUUGAAACUGGUGAAGAAGUGACUCGAGACUAUGCCUAUGGGGAAACUGAUCGUUUAAUCAGAAAGUGUAUGUUGUUGCCAUGGGCUCCUGCUGAGGUAUUGGAUGUUAACUAUUCCACUCCAGAACCAUCAGAAGAUCACUAUCAGGCUAUAUUAAACAACAACAAGGAGAAACUACCUGUGGCUAUAAAUCCAUCAGUUUAUGACAGGAAUAAAAUUUUCAAGGUCUACACAGACCUUCCUCAAGUCAUCAAUAACUUGAAACACCCACGUUUUGAGUUCACAGAAGAUGAGGGAGAAGCAGAUAUCCUCUACAAUUUUUCCCACUUCAAAGAUUACAGGAAACUAAGUGCAGAGAGACCCCAUGUGAUGUUGAAUCAGUUUCCGUGUGAGAAUCUACUCACUGUCAAGGAUUGCCUAGCAUCUAUAUCAAGACGAGUUGGAGGGGCAGAGGGUCCAAAAUGGUUGCCUCGUACUUUUAACCUUCGCACAGAAUUACCCCAAUUUAUCAGCUACUUUCAGCAACGUGAGAGGAGGGGAGAAGAUAAUCACUGGAUAUGCAAACCAUGGAACUUGGCCAGAAGCCUAGACACCCACAUAACCAACAAUCUUAACAUCAUCAUCAGGCACAGGGAAAGCAGCCCAAAGGUAGUAUCUAAGUAUAUUGAGAGCCCAGUGUUGUUUCACCGGGAAGAUGUGGGGAUGGUUAAAUUUGACAUUCGUUACGUUGUGCUUCUGCGAUCCAUAAAGCCACUCAACCUGUAUGCUUAUGAUGUUUUUUGGCUGCGGUUCUCAAAUCGUGCAUUUUCUCUUGAUGACUUGGAUGACUAUGAGAAGCAUUUUACCGUCAUGAACUAUGCUCCUGGUGUAACCUUAAAACAGGUUCACUGUGAUGAAUUUAUUCCUCUAUUUGAGAAGCAGUAUCCUGAAUAUUCCUGGAAAAAUGUGCAAGCAGAGAUUUUUAAGGCAUUUGCUGAAUUAUUCCAAGCUGCUUCAGCUAAACCUGCACCAUUUGGCAUCUGUGAUUAUCCAUCAUCACGAGCAGUAUAUGCCAUUGAUCUGAUGCUUAAGUGGGAUACUACCACAGAUGGGAAAAGAACUAUGCAGCCUCAGAUCCUAGAGGUGAACUUCAACCCUGACUGUGACAGAGCCUGCAAAUAUCACCCUACCUUUUUUAAUGAUGUGUUUAGCACUCUAUUUCUGGAUGAAACAAAUAAUUGUCAUGUGACAUGUGUUGUCUAGGCCUAGAAGACUUGAUCUGGUUCUUUAUUUCCUUUUAGAUAUGCUUAACAGCAAUAUUUAUAUUUCAGUUCUAUGAGCUGCUUAUGUGACACUUCUUAUAAAGGUAACGAAAAAUUUUCAUCAGAUGAAUGGGCAUAUAUUGUACUUGUAAUCAGUAGUGUGCAUUUUCUUGCUUAGUUCUAUAUCAUCAGUUUGUGUUGACUUAAAUGUCUCAUGGAAGCCUGGAAAAAUACAAUAGUAACUGGAGCAAAUCAGCUGUUUUUGUAGGUAGCCUUGUACACCUUACUUGCAUAGCAGGAAGUGUUAUACAACUUUCCUGUGUCUGUCUGCAUUAGGAUAAUUUACUGUAUCAUGAUGUUUGAGGUCACCCAUCUCUUCCUUUCUGCAUAAUACCAAUGUCAUCCUAGCACUAAAUGCUUUAUUCCACAGAGGAUUAUGUAAAAUAACUUUUAGGUUGUGUGUUUUAGAUUUCAUUGGAGUUACCAGAUGCACAGACAUUUAUGAAGCUUGUUUUUAAUAAAGUAUUACAACAAUA